AGAGGAAGCUGUAAUCUCGCGGUACUUUGGUCCUUUGUGUUGAGACGACCGUCUCCAGUGAAGCUCCAGGCAAUAAACUCCGCUUAUAAACCAUCCGAGCUAUCGGUCGUACCUAAACCGAACCAGUCCACUGCUGUGGACAUUUUCUACUCCACCUGUGCCUCCUAUUCAGACCCUAUUAAUCGCCCGGACCUGUUUCCAUGGCAGUGAGACGAGGACACAUCAGGUACCUGAAGGUGUGUGAGGUCCAGCCGACGCAGGGUGAAGGCAGAGACGCUUCCUCCAAAGGAGCAGCUGCAAAGGAGCUGUACGAUAACGGCUUCACCGAAGCAAUGAUGGAGGAGGACGACGACUCUCGGACCAACCUGAUCGUGAACUACCUGCCGCAGAGCAUGAGUCAGGACGAGCUGCGCAGCCUCUUUAGCAGCGUGGGAGAGGUGGAGUCGGCCAAACUGAUCCGCGACAAAUCGGCAGGUAACCACGGCGACGCAGGCCACAGUUUAGGUUACGGCUUUGUUAACUUUGUUAACCAUAGUGAUGCAGAGAGGGCUAUCAGUACCCUCAAUGGCCUGAGGCUACAGUCUAAAACUAUCAAGGUGUCGUUUGCUCGCCCGAGUUCUGACACCAUCAAAGACGCCAACCUGUACAUCAGCGGUCUCCCCAGAACGCUGAGUCAGCAAGACCUGGAGGACAUGUUCUCCUCCUUUGGACGCAUCAUCAACUCCAGGGUCUUGGUGGACCAGGCGUCAGGUCUCUCUCGGGGAGUGGCGUUCAUCCGCUACGAUAAGAAAGCGGAGGCUGAGGACGCCGUGAAGCACCUGAACGGACACGUCCCACCCGGUGGAUCUGAGCCAAUCACGGUGAAGUUUGCUGCCAACCCCAAUCAGGGCCGAAACUCCAUGAUGAUGUCACAGACGUACCACGGCCAAUCGCGACGCUUCGGGGGCCCAGUCCAUCAUCAGGCGCAGAGAUUCCGGUUUUCUCCAAUGACUGCUGACCACAUGGGGGCCGGGGGCGGAGCCUCUGGGAGCCCAUCGUCUGGUUGGUGCCUGUUUAUCUAUAACCUGAGCCAGGACGCAGACGAAGGAAUGCUGUGGCAGAUGUUUGGGCCUUUUGGCGCUGUCGUCAACGUGAAAGUCAUCCGAGAUUUCAACACCAACAAGUGCAAAGGCUUCGGUUUCGUUACCAUGGCGAACUACGAGGAGGCCGCCAUGGCCAUCCACAGCCUAAACGGAUAUCAGCUGGGAGACAAAGUCCUUCAGGUGUCCUUCAAGACCAAUAAAGGACAUAAGUAGGCAGGAGGCUGCAGUGGGCGGGGCUAAAGAUCACAUGUAGUUCCUCUUUUUUGUUUUUUUUUCUAUUAGCAUGCAGAUUUUUUUUUUUUUUUUAGAUGUGAAACUCACUUUUAGUCAAUUCUAUGGACUUGGAGACAAUGUUGGACCCAAAGGGUACUGGGAGUUGUGGGACAUUCAGAUCCGAAGUUUUUCAGUCCCUGCAACCUCACUGGAAGCUGCGGCACUGAAACUUGAAAAUGUUGUCAGAGGUGGAUGAAAUGUUUGAGUAUCAGCCUCCAUGUUUGCUUUGUUUUUUUUUUUUUUGUUUUUUUUAUCAGUUUUUAUGUGAAGCAGUUUCCGCCCUGCAGACUCCAGCAGUCAGUAAAUGAAUCAUUCAUGUUUAUCUGAUGUGUUCUGGAAACUGAAGUCAAAUAAAAACACCAUCAAAGCUCAGAGGUUUCUGAUGAGGUUCUGACUUCAUGUCGGCUCUAAAAACAAACUGAACAGCAGGCUUUUAGCUAGCCAUGCGUACAGCCGUACAUUGUACGGCCUUUAAUUUAAAAAGGACAAAUUGUACGCCCUGUUUUUCCUGUCGGAAAUUUCACUCAAAUGUCAAAAUUUGCAGAUCCGGGCUUCACCGGGCCGCCAUCUUCAAUUCCCCUUCUAGUCUCCUGUAAUUUCGCACGAAGCUCACAUCUUGUCCGGGUAUAUGUCAGAUACGUUGGUGUGACACAGUGCAGAGCGGCGCUGUUAUUGGUGUGAUAUCUAAUAUCCCUCCACACACUGCUUGCAAACAGGUAAGCUUGAAACUUAAAAAUUUUACAAAAACUCAUUGAAUGCCUGAUAACAACUAUAGGAUUAUUUUGGAGGUUUUUUUGUUCUUUGGAAAAAUAUUAUCCGUUAGAGAUGGGUUCAUGAGGUGUCAUGAUGCGUUUCAGCACACUUGCAAACCAUUGAUUGAGUGUAGAUACUGUCACUGAACACUGACACCUGCUGGACAUUUAAAAUUCCUACAGCCUCUUUGACAGACUAAAUUGACACCGAUUUGAUGACCUGUAAUAUGAUUUAAGCCAAUUUUUUGCUGUAAUGUAUGAUUUCAUAUCUAUAAUUUGAAUAGAAAUAUGUUUGAUAUUUUUUAGAUCCAAUCCAUAGAUGUGAACAUACAACAGGAAAAUUUAAGGGAAAAUUUAAAUAAGGAUGUUUGCGGACUAGGAUUUAAUUUCUUUACAACAUAACUGAUAAGGAGUUUGUGAAUUUGGUGAAAUAUAAGAGAGAAAAAAAAAAAGGGAGAACCACAACUCCAACUUCUUCAAGAGCAAUGGGGUAAAAAAUGUGACGUACAUAAAAUUUUGUUAAAUAUUAACAACAAUGAAUUAGUAAUCACUGAUUUUAAACUAGAAUUACUUGGAAUCUCCAGCAAUAUUAAUUUAAAGUAAGAUAUUAAUUUAGAAUUCUUAUUUUCUUUCAUAUUGUUCAUUCAUUAUAUGCUCUAGCUACAUUUUUUGUUUGUUUGAAAGAAUUUAAUUCCAUCUCUAAACAGUUAGCAAUUCUAAGACCAGCAGGGAUUAUAAGCCAAAUUAGCCACCCCUAAAUGACAAUUGUUCCCUACCACCAAGGACAAUUGUCAUUUAACCCUACGAAGCUCGUGCCGUGCAAAGCCUGAAGUUGUGGUCCACCAAAGUUUACACCCUUUGAGACAUUACUAGCUAAAAGCCUGCUGAAUAGGUUCAUCGCUUUAUUUCCAUUGGUUUCAUAUUUCCUACUUGGUGUGAUGUUGACUGUUUAUCCAAUAAUAAAUCUGUUCAUGUAAA